GAGUCCGGCGGAAGUUAAACACUGCAGACAGGCGAGUGUCAAAUAUCAGUGUUAUUGUUUAACGACCGGUCGACAUCACCGUCUGUCACGGUUUUUUCUGUUACACUAAAGAAAUGUCGUCAGUUCAUUGCUUGAAAAACUUCGUCAGCGAGCGACUAACCGCUGCUGCUGAAGAAAUAUUUGGGGUCAUUGAAAAAACUUUAUCAGUUUACGAGAAGGAGAUUGUUCGUCAGCGCAGACUGUUGGAUGUCGUCCUGAAGCCCGAGAUAAAACUACAAAGGACCGAGCUCCCACAGCUACAUGUCCAUAAGGAGGAGGUUCUCGCUGACCGGCAGCUAAGUAACCAGGAGACGGACUCCAGUCUGGACCCAGAGGCUCCACAGAUUAAAGAGGAGCAGGAGGAACUCUGCAGCAGUCAGGACGGGGAGCAGCUUGUACUGGAGCAGGACGCUGAAGCCUUUAAGUUGAGUCCUACUUAUGAUGGAAGUGACCACAGCGAAGAUCAGACUGUACUUUUUGAUAAUAAUCAAACUCACAAUGCGUCAGAGAUGGAACCUCUGUCCAGCAUUUCCUGUGAAAGGCUGCAAUAUGAAUCCAACAGAAAUCACUCUUUAGCCACAGAACCGCACAGUGAGCACAGCCUGCAUGUGAGAACCGGUCAGAAGCAGUAUAUGUGCGCCAUUUGUCGGAAAAGUUUCAAAAUUACAGACUUGAAAUUGCACAUGAAAAUUCACACAGGCGAGAAAACUUUCCGCUGCGAGUACUGCAACAAGGAGUUUGCUUUCAGUUCAUCUCUGUUGCGGCAUCUCCGAGUGCACACAGGGGAGAAACCGUAUGAAUGUCGUUUGUGCAGGAAAAGAUUUAAUGACAGCACGACAUUGAAAGUCCACUACAGAAUCCACACAGGUGAAAAGCCCUAUAAAUGCAAGACGUGUGAAAGAGCUUUCACCACCUCCUCGAACCUGAAGAAGCACAUGGCUAUAUAUAAUAAAGUUGCAGAUGGUAGACAUGGUACUGUAUGAAAAAUUGUACUGAAAGCCACAGUGAAAUGGUGAAGGCUGUUACUUCCCUUUAAUGAAUGUUAUGUUGGGACAUAAUGUGGAAUGGGGUUAUCACCUGAUAUCACUAGCAUCAAUAAAAUUCAGAUGUUGUCAAAUA